AUGUCGGACAAUGCGCUUUCUUUUAUUUCAGCGUCACAGGAGGUAAAACGGCUAUGUGAGUCAAAGAAAAUUGAAGAAGCUUUAUCUUCUUUUGGAGUCGAAUGGAGAUUCAUUCCGAAACGUGCACCCUGGUUCGGAGGGUGGUGGGAGAGAUUAAUUGCACUUACAAAAACAAAUUUGAAAAAGACACUAGGACGUGCGUUAAUAAAUUUGGAUAUGUUACAGACAUUUGUCACAGAAAUAGAGAAAAUUCUGAACGAUCGACCACUAACAUAUGUUUCUACAGACAUUACCGAUAGUGAACCGUUAACACCCGCGCACCUGUUGUAUGGACGCCGAGUUACAACAUUACCGUAUCCACGUACCGAAAUGGACAACAUUAACGAAACAUAUGCAUUGACUGCUUCAGAUAUUUCAAAACGUGCUCAAAGAUUAUCUACUCUUAUUGAACAUUUUUGGAACCGUUGGAGAUUUGAGUACUUAACCUCACUUCGAGAAUUUCAUAAAAAGACUGGAGACAAUAAGAUUAACAUUAAAGUAGGAGAUGUAGUUCAAGUGCAUGACGAUAAACCGCGAAUUAAAUGGAAAACAGCAGUAGUGGAGGAAGUUGUUACUGGUAACAAUGGUUUAGUGCGUUCGGCGAUAAUCAGAACGAACAGUGGUCAGACUUCACGUCCGAUCGUCAAACUUUAUCCGCUAGAGAUCAACGAAGAUGAACUAUCAAAUACAUCAGAGGAGACGAAAGAAGUCGAUACCAAAAUAACACUGCCUAUGCGAAAGGCAGCAAUGCGUGCAAAGGAGAACAUUAAAUUUUGGACAAAUUCUUAG